AUGGAGAGUGAGGUGUCGAUGCAGCUCGCGCUGCUGCCGGACGAGACGCUGGUGUGGCAGAAAGGGCCGGGCGUCGGCAGCGGCCGCUUCGGGCAGGUCUCGGCGGCGCUGCGACUGCCGAGUGCGGAGCUGCUCGCGGUCAAGCAGAUCUUCAUCCAGGAGGAGCUCGAGCUCGGCAACGACGUGAGCUCGCUCUCACUGCAGCGCGUGCAGAGCUGGGAGCAGAUCCAGCGCGAGCUCGACGUCCUGCGGCUGCUGCAGCGCCAUGGCCACCGCAACGUCGUCCGCUUCGUCGGCAGCGAGCGCUACGGGCCGAUGGUGAAUAUGUUCAUGGAGUACCUCCCAGCGGGCUCAUUGAGCAAACUGCUGAAGGAGUUCGGCGCGUUUGACGAGGAUGUGGUGCGGGUCUACGUGCGGGACGUGGUGCGUGGCGUGGUGCAUCUGCACAAGCUGGGCAUUGCGCACCGCGACCUCAAGUGCGCCAACCUGCUGCUGGCCGAUGAUGAGCGUGGUGGUGUCAAGAUCGCGGACUUCGGGACGGCGAAGAGGGCGAAUGAGGGUGAUGACCAGCCGCUGGAGACAGCAAGAUCGGUGCGCGAAGGCCUCGGAUCGGCAUUCUGGAUGGCGCCGGAGCUCGUCCGCGCUGAAAAGGGUGCAGAUUCGUGGCGAAAGGCGGAUAUCUGGGGCGUUGGCUGCGUCCUGAUUGAAAUGGCGACGGGGAGACCGCCAUGGGAAAAUUUGUCAAACCCGCUCACGGCCAUGUUCCACAUCGCCUCCGCCACCACGAUCCCAGAGUUCCCAGCCCACUUGUCGUCCACAGCGCUUGACUUUCUGUCUCUGUGCUUCGAUAAGAACCCAGACACGCGCGCCUCAGCAGCAGAAUUGCUACGCCAUCCUUUCCUUCUUCGUGGGGAGGUCGAAGAACGACAAGUAGUUGACCCGAUGUGUUCAACCACUGCACACAGCGACCAGGUAUUCGGCAACGUUGCUGUUCCAGAGAGAUCUACCCCUAGCGCUACAUGCAGUGGACAGCAGUCUCUGCAGGCCCAGAGGAAUCGUCAAGAAGAACUCCUCGAAUGCUAUCUCGUGCGCUGGGAACAGAGCGUGCUGGACAAGUGGAGACACGAGUUGUGGUUCCGUGUUUUGGGGCGGUGGGUCGCUAAAGCCCGUCGAAAUCUGGUACGGAGACAGCGACUACCACUGGGGAGGCAGCAAACGUGA